UUCAGGCGGCAACAACAUCAUGCGAGUGUGUGUGCGGGACGCGUGUCGGAGACGGUUGUACGGUCUCUGCGAAGCUAUGGCCGAUCUCGGUGACCAUCGUGGACCGGUCAGCGACGUUAUUGAUCGGCUGCUGUACUGGUCCUUGCCAACCAUCCGAGCGGAGUUUGGAGACGAGGUGGGAGAUGUGAUUUCUUCUUCGUUGCCAUCUCGGGUGUGCGGUCGAGAUUUCACGUUGCGUUAUAUGCCAGGCGAUUCCGGUGUUGAUUACGGUCAGGGGGGUUCACAAGGUUCAGCGAGCGGAGGGUUGGGUGAGUCUCAUGACGGAUCGCAGAACUCGUUCCCGUCAUCGCGUCGUGCAUCGCAUCGCAGUGACAGAGGGCGCGGCAGACCCCGCAGCGUGGGUCGCUGCACACCGACACCUGCCCUGCCGCAGACGUGGUGGGAUGGUUGGGACGGUGUUGAUCAGUGCGGUCCUGGCCCUGAAAUUGACCGUGCCAGUGUUGAGGAGGCGAUGGGUAGAUGGAGUGGACCAACGGCGCCGGAUGUUGUGUUUCUAGAGCCGGUUAAGCUUCUUCAAUUGCUGGCCAUGUUUCAUCUAUAUUGCCCGUGGCACAAGGGCUCGUGCCGUGUGUCUGUGGAGUCCGUCUCCUAUCUUGCGCAGCUCUGUAAGCUGACGUUCACAUGCGACAAGAAAUGCAAAUGGACGUGGCACACGACACUCGUGACCACGAAUGUCUAUCAGUCGCGACUGAUGCAGCAACUCUUUCAUGCCACGGUCACCGCCGGCCUUACGUUCACGCUCCUUGACAACUUUUGUGUUUGUUUAGGGAUGUACUCGGUGCACAAACCCACAUUCUACAAGUUUAUGCGCACAGAACUGGGGGGGGCGGAGGGGUGGAAUGCCAAGGUCGUACGGCAGGGCAUAAAAUAUUGCGAGUUUGUCAUUGACACUGUGAUGCGUCGUGGUGAGCCAGUGACAUUGAUGGUUGAUGGUCGAUAUGACUCUGCCAGAGGCGCGCAGCAUUGCACUGUCACCACGAUGGAGUACAAGACUCAACUUGUUGUAGGUGUUCACACUCUCCGUCCGAAGAUUGAAGGCAAGGCAUCGAAUGCGCUGGAGGUGCCAGCCGUCGUGCAACUUUUGCGAGGGCUGAUGGACAAGGGGUUGAAGAUCCGGUGCGUUGUCUCGGAUAAUUGUGCGGCGCUGAGACCAAAGUUGCGAGCUAUGAACAUCAAGUGGCAGAAGGAUUGCCACCACAAAAUAAAAAACAUUCGAAAGCACUUCCACAAUAUGCUGCAACUAAAGGAAGCGAAGAAAGUGAGCAGCCCGCACGAUUGUGUAUCAGAGGCGCAGUUCAUGCAGUUCACGAAGAAGCGGCUAAAGGAGGCGUUGGAGCAGCGUUUUGGACCUGACGUCCUCACACCUGCUGAGGAGCGCCUGAAGAAAUCGGACUUCGUCGCUGUCGUCAUGCGAAAGAUAUACCCCUACGGAUCGAGGUUGAAUGCUCGAGCAUUGGAGACUGAUCCAGACGGUUUAACAGAGUAUCAUGCGCAUGAGGUUGGGAUGUGGUUCCUCCGCGCUUGCCAGCUAUGCAUGGAGGAGGGCGGGGACGCCGACAGUCUACACCGCGACAUCAUGUUGGUCGCCGAUCAUUGGGCUGGUGAUCAUUCGGGAUGUGUGGACGGUAGGGAGGUUUUGUGCGAGAAGGCCGGUUGGGACGGUGUUGAUCAGUGCGGUCCUGGCCCUGAAAUUGACCGUGCCAGUGUUGAGGAGGCGAUGGGUAGAUGGAGUGGACCAACGGCGCCGGAUGUUGUGUUUCUAGAGCCGGUUAAGCUUCUUCAAUUGCUGGCCAUGUUUCAUCUAUAUUGCCCGUGGCACAAGGGCUCGUGCCGUGUGUCUGUGGAGUCCGUCUCCUAUCUUGCGCAGCUCUGUAAGCUGACGUUCACAUGCGACAAGAAAUGCAAAUGGACGUGGCACACGACACUCGUGACCACGAAUGUCUAUCAGUCGCGACUGAUGCAGCAACUCUUUCAUGCCACGGUCACCGCCGGCCUUACGUUCACGCUCCUUGACAACUUUUGUGUUUGUUUAGGGAUGUACUCGGUGCACAAACCCACAUUCUACAAGUUUAUGCGCACAGAACUGGGGGGGGCGGAGGGGUGGAAUGCCAAGGUCGUACGGCAGGGCAUAAAAUAUUGCGAGUUUGUCAUUGACACUGUGAUGCGUCGUGGUGAGCCAGUGACAUUGAUGGUUGAUGGUCGAUAUGACUCUGCCAGAGGCGCGCAGCAUUGCACUGUCACCACGAUGGAGUACAAGACUCAACUUGUUGUAGGUGUUCACACUCUCCGUCCGAAGAUUGAAGGCAAGGCAUCGAAUGCGCUGGAGGUGCCAGCCGUCGUGCAACUUUUGCGAGGGCUGAUGGACAAGGGGUUGAAGAUCCGGUGCGUUGUCUCGGAUAAUUGUGCGGCGCUGAGACCAAAGUUGCGAGCUAUGAACAUCAAGUGGCAGAAGGAUUGCCACCACAAAAUAAAAAACAUUCGAAAGCACUUCCACAAUAUGCUGCAACUAAAGGAAGCGAAGAAAGUGAGCAGCCCGCACGAUUGUGUAUCAGAGGCGCAGUUCAUGCAGUUCACGAAGAAGCGGCUAAAGGAGGCGUUGGAGCAGCGUUUUGGACCUGACGUCCUCACACCUGCUGAGGAGCGSCUGAAGAAAUCGGACUUCGUCGCUGUCGUCAUGCGAAAGAUAUACCCCUACGGAUCGAGGUUGAAUGCUCGAGCAUUGGAGACUGAUCCAGACGGUUUAACAGAGUAUCAUGCGCAUGAGGGCACCAUCAUUAUCUAUGCGAAGAAGUCGGUGCAUUUCGAGAAGUCUUUCUGUGCACGUUUGUCGAUCGCAGUGAUUCGGUGGAACAGUCACUGCUGGCGCGACCUGGUCGGGUAUGUUGCUCGCAUUGCUGCGGGCACUUCCAUACGUGCGAGACCAGGCUUCCGUCGACACUACGGUCACGAGGCGAUCGACUGUUGGGAGGACAGAUUGGCGGCGUCAGUGUUCGGUUCAACUCAUGUUUCAGACUGGGCUCGAGAGCUUCUGCGGCAGGAGGUUUGUCCUUAUGGAGCCGGGCCAUUGCCGUAUGAUUUGUUCGUCAACGGUGGGGGCGACCCAAUGGAAGUCGUUGAUGAUGCUGCCUCAGAUUCCGACCAUGAGGCAGUGGGGGAGAACCGUGUUUUCAUCAUCGGGCACGUGGAGGACGAUGUGGUGCCUGCAUGCGAUGAUUGGGUCCAGACAUCGAGCUCCGAAUCUGAGGGUGACGAUAUAGAGUUGUUCAGCGUUUAACUGGUUGAAUGGCUUUAUCGUUGACCUGACAUCGGUCUGGUGAUCCGAAUUUCAUUGAGCAUGGCGUUG